CUCAUCGCUAAUAUUGCUCACUUCACAGUCGUGACCAGAAGAACGAGCCGAGCUAACGUAUCGGAAACGUUAUAAUACCAGUGCAGUCAAAGAGGCCAACGGCUGUCGACCAAGGAAAAGCGAAAAUACCAGUAUAGCUAUAUUGAUACCCGUUUAUCAACUAUAAAAGUAAUAUUGUCAGUUGAUGUAAAGCUAGCUGGGGUAGAUCGCCGUACACUACAGCUAAUUGCUAUAUGCUAGUUAGCAUCACGUAGCUAGCCUUUGCUCUAUCUUCGACAACCGGUCCCUACGCACUAGCAGAAUGGCCUUAAAACGAAUUCACAAGGAGCUGAACGACCUGGGCAGGGACCCUCCUGCACAGUGUUCUGCUGGCCCGGUUGGAGACGACAUGUUUCAUUGGCAAGCUACAAUUAUGGGGCCUAAUGACAGCCCAUACCAAGGUGGUGUUUUUUUCCUGACUAUUCAUUUCCCCACAGACUACCCCUUCAAACCACCUAAGCUUGCGUUCACCACAAGAAUUUACCACCCAAAUAUUAACAGUAAUGGCAGCAUCUGCCUGGAUAUUUUGAGAUCACAGUGGUCUCCAGCAUUAACUAUCUCUAAAGUACUUUUGUCCAUUUGUUCACUCUUAUGUGACCCCAACCCUGACGACCCGUUAGUGCCAGAGAUCGCCCGUAUCUACAAAACAGAUACAGAAAAGUAUAAUAGACUAGCGAGAGAAUGGACAGAAAAGUACGCUAUGCUUUAGGGUACAACAGAAUAGCUCGGGAAUGGACUCAGAAGUACGCCAUGUGAUAAUCGGUCAUGGUCGUAUCAACUUGCAUUAUAGCUGGGAAAAAACUAUAAAUUACUGUUUUUUUGCCCAUUCGGCCGCAACCCCUUACCAUCAGCAAAUAACAGUAAUUGAUUUUGUUUUGCCCCCUAAAUGUAUUCACAUCCUCUUAACAAGGACAAAUGUCUCCAAUACCCCUUUUUUUCUUUACAAAAGAUGCCAAUUGCUCUGAACUCUCAGUGAAGCAUGUGUCUGUAUAAAGCCAACCACAGCCACUUUGUGAAGAGCUCUUGAUUGCUCUGAAUUCACGCAGGAGGUGCCAACUAAAAAUAAAGAUUCUCAAUGCCACCAUUUCUGUAUUGAGGAGAUCAACAUGGUUCAAUCACACUUUUGUAUGCUUUUCCAAUAGCAUUAGAGAACUGAUGUCUGUGAAUAUUAUACACUUAAUCUUAAAGUUAAGAUUCACACAUUUUGAAUGUUUUAUCGUUUUUGUUCUAUCGAUUCCCAGGUCAUUCCAUGUGUAUCUGAGCUACCGUUCAAGCAGGCAGAAAUGCAACCGGUGCAAAACUUGUCAUGCCGGCCUGCUUGAACGGCGAUAACUCAUAUACACAUGGAAUGACGCAGGAAUCAAUAGAACAUCAGAGAUGCACAAAAACUUUAACAUUCAAAAUGGGUGAAUCUUAACUUUAACUGGAGAAUUGCUGAAGAUAUAUGCAGUAAAUAAGAAAUAUUUUAUGCAUGUUAAUAAGAAAUUGGUUUAUGUGCUGCUGAGAAUGGAUUGAGAGCAAACGUGUUCACUUUGAUAUUUUGUUACUUUUUGUUUUUAGAACGUGGAGCCAUUAGUUAAUCAUCAUCCAUAACACUGUUCUCUUUUGCACUGAAUACGUUAUUCAAAGUUCUCAAUGGCUGAUCAACUAAUAGCUCUGCUAUUUAAUGGUUACUUUUUUUUCUCUCAAUAAAGUUGAACAAAUAACUCCG